AUGAGCAGAAAGUUUUUAGUUGGUUAGACAAACGUUGAGCUUGUCGUUAUAGUCUGCUAGACGCUUUUCCAGGACCGACACGACGUGCCUUAUUGACUGGGGUUGUAUGUGUUUUCCCCUCACACGUUGUCCUGUUUGGAGUUGACUAAGUGCCUGACAUAUCAUCGGACUAACACGGGAUAUAAUAUUGUUGACGUUCGCGGAUCUGUUGUACUGGAAAGGUCCCGGAGGUUUUUAAAGACGUGUGCCUUAUUUUGUCUACGCUUGUUGUCGUCUUCCAACGGGUUGUUUUACGGGCCUUGGAUCGUAGCAUUUUUUAGAAAAAGAAUAUUAACUAGUUACUGUGGAGCCGACCUGACGUUGCUGCUUUUCAGAGCUGGACUCAGUACGUGUUUUAUUUGUCUGCCUUGGUGGAGUUGAUGCAAAGUAGAUCGUAUUAUUCGUAGUAGUGUGUAGUUCUAACUGUAAAAAAAAACAACCCCAAAACAACCCAAACCAAACCAAAACAAAAAAAAACGACCCCAAAAAACCCACCUCAAAACAAACAAAAACAUUUCAAAAACGUAUUUCGGAAUAUUGCACUGUGGUUGCUCAAUCGUUCAAACAGACAAUCAGAACAAGCUAACAAAGACAACCCAACAGAACGAACCAAGAAAAAAAAACCCCCAAACAAACGAAAACCAACACCCCCCAUAAAGUGUACGAGAAUGUCUGAGCACGCCGGCAGCCCCCCGCCCCGCGGCACAGCGCCGCCUCUGCCCGACAAGCCCCCCUCCGUGGCCGAGCGCACGCGCCUGCUCCGCUCCAGUUUCCGCAAGGAGGACGUCGACAAGCCCAAGGUCCCCGAGAAACCGGACAAUAGGACCAUCCUUGCCAGCCUGGCGGGUCAGAGGUCAGGGGGCGGCGGCUCCCCCUCCCCAGCGACCUUGACCUCCUCCGUGGAAGGGUCAUCUCACUCUCAGCUCCAUCAACAACAGUCGGGUGGUGGUGGAGCAGUGACGACAUCCACUACACCACCGUCGCACGGCCUGGCGAACGGGCAGUCGGGUUCAAACCCUUCCUUGUCGGCGCCGACGCCAUCGUCUGGCGGGGGUGGUCAUGUGAUCAGCCAGAAGCCACCCGUGCCGGAGAAGAACGCGUCCGUCGCUCUGUCUGCCGGGGGAACAGCGGCUCACGGGGACAGCAACAGGGACUCGGAGAGCCGACUGGCCGGGAACCUCCCUCCUGUGGUGAAUACUGAGGCGAUCAACGCUGCCAAAAGGGAUGCCUUUUUCCGCGCGGGCGGAGACGGCCCCACGACCAAGUUUGACCCCUCGGCCCGCUACGGAGGAGGGGGCGGCGGGGGGCACGACCGGGAACGACUCCUGAAGAAGGAGGAGACGGCCAGCCACAUGUCGCACAACUACGAGGCGGAGAAGGAACGGGAGAGGAAGUACGGCGCCGAGACCCGCAAGGAGCUGGAGGGCUACGUGGGCUUUGCCAACCUGCCCAACCAGGUCUACCGAAAGUCCGUCAAGAGAGGCUUCGAGUUCACACUCAUGGUCGUUGGUGAGUCCGGUCUGGGCAAGUCCACACUGAUCAACUCUCUGUUCCUCACGGACCUCUAUAGCCAGGAGUACCCCGGACCCUCACACAGGAUACAGAAGACGGUCAAGGUGGACACAACACAGGUGACUCUCAAGGAGAACGGCGUACAGCUGCGUCUGACCAUCGUGGACACACCAGGCUUUGGUGACGCCGUGGACAACAGCAACUGCUGGGCCCCAGUGACAGACUUUAUCGACAGCAAGUACGAGGAGUACCUUAAUGCUGAGUCGCGCGUCAACCGCUCCCUGAGCUCAGACACGCGCGUGCACAGUUGUCUCUACUUCAUCGCUCCUACAGGCCACGGCCUCAAACCCCUGGACGUAGAGUUCAUGAAACGACUUCACGACAAAGUGAACAUCAUCCCUCUCAUCGCUAAGGCCGACACACUCACACCGGACGAGUGCCGCGAGUUCAAGAAAACAAUACUCAAUGAAAUAGCUCAACACAAGAUCAGAAUCUAUGAAUUCCCCGACUGCGAGGAUGAGGAAGAGAUGAAGAUUCAGAAAAGAUUACGGGACCGAGUUCCGUUCGCCGUGGUUGGCAGCAAUCGUGUGAUUGAGGUGGGCGGCAAGCGGGUGCGCGGGCGUCAGUACCCGUGGGGCAUCGUAGAGGUGGAGAACCUGGAACACAAUGACUUCAUCGCUCUCCGCAACAUGGUCAUCAGGACACAUAUGCAAGAUUUGAAGGACGUGACCAACAACGUCCACUACGAGAACUUCCGCUACAACAAACUGGCGCCGUCCACCGCCGAGGGCAACAAAGUCAAACCUGGAUCCUUGACCAAGGAUCCCCUGUCACAAAUGGCGGAGGAGAGGCAGGAGCACAAUGCCAAGAUGAAGAAGAUGGAGGCUGAAAUGGAGCAAGUCUUUGAGAUGAAGGUCAAGGAGAAACGACAGAAACUCAAAGAUUCCGAGGCAGAUCUCCAGAAGCGCUCAGAGCAGAUGAAGAAGGGGCUGGAGCAGCAGCAGAGGGAGUUGGAAGACAAGUGGAAGGACUUUGAGCGAGAGAAGGCAAACUGGGAGGAACAGUGGGGAGAGCGCAGACGGUCGCUGGAGAACCAGAAAGAUAAAAAAGACAAGAAGAGGUUAUUUUAGCAUCAGCCUUCCACUAGGUAAGCUUGUACCAGAGGGGCCAUACAUACAACCGGAGGGAUCUUCUCUCAGCUCUAGACGGAGCAGCAGCAGCCGCAGCAGCAGCAAAACCACAUCCCUACUGCAGCCGACCAGAAUCAUCCGUUUUAUUUCGAAAAAACCUAAUUUUCAUUUGAUAAUAUUUUUGGGGGGACACAUCUGUGUUUCUCAUCGUGCGAUAUUGUAUUUUCAUCCAUCUUUUUCUGAGUAUUAUUUCAGUCACUUUUUUUCCCCCAGCACUUAUUUGACUCAUUUUGUGUUGCAAGUGCUGUAAAACUUUUACUAGAACUAAACAAUAGUUUUUUUUGUGCCCAUGUUGUACGGACACGAGACGUGGCCCUCCACGGAGCCCAUUCACUGUUACUGUUGCCUCUGUUCUCUGCAUGGCACGGCUCUACUCUGGCUCUUAUGUUGUUUCGUUAAACCAAUAAAAAAAGCAUUUAUUUUUCCUUAUACCGGUUUCAGUAAUUUUGUAGAGAAUAUGACAUGUAUUUGCAGAGGUUACUGACCCCUGUUGUAAUCAAGUAUGGCUUAAGUAAGAUUAUGUAAUCACUGCAGACCCACAGAAGGUGGAGAAUUAUUACAAUUACAAUUUUGUCAGCACGUGGGAAUUGGAACUUAACUCUUACAAGUCGUAAGCCUGUUCCCUGCUUCAUCGCAACAAGUUCAAUUUGACAUACGAUUAGGUUUGCAUUUUGAGCACGUCAUCGUUGUUGUUGUUGUUGUUGUUGUUGUUGUUGUUGUUCUUGUUAUAGAUCCAGAACAUUUUCAGCUUAAAGGGAAAGUUUUUAAGCUUUAAGGGUGUAUUACUCACCCAAAAGCUAAGAAAAGAAAUAUUUUUUUAUACAGUAUGAGGAAACAGGUGCAGUACAGGCAAACAAGUAUUUUAUGAUAAAUGAGGAAAACGAGAAACAACAAUAAUUAUAAUACAGCAUCUAAGCAGAAGACAUGCCGACCAGUAAGAGUUGAGCAAUGAAAGAUUUUCUUGCCAUGACUUUGUUGUGCACCAUGAUUAACUCAGCAAACUGUUGUGAAGUGCCGACUGCGAGACAACCUGCUUUCUCCUUUCUAGUAUUGCUCAUAUAAAGCUGUGCUCCGAUCCUCCAUCAGUUUACAUAUAUGCAUAGACAUCUGGAUCCUGCUGACCCAUAUAUCGCCAGAUCUGUUCAUUGCUUUUUAUCGUCAUUUGCCUCUAUCUUAUAUUUCUGUUUUGUCUUUUUCAGAAUUAUUUUUUCUUUCUGAUAUUUAAAGUAUACCUCUCAAUUUUCACCGCAAGCUAAGUAUUUAUGCUGUAAAUUUGUACAUUUGGCCUUUAGUUUUCUAAGCUAGUUCAGAAUUGUAAAUUUUGGCGAAAUCAAGCUUAUUAAAGUAAGACGUUAGGGGCUGUAGUUUUGCCCAAGACCGCGUAAGAUUGCUCUUCUUCUGAGUGUACUGCUGCGAACGUCCCCAGGACCAUGGGAGUAUUUUCUCUUGCCAGCUAGGUGUCUUGUACCUUUAUCUAGAGACACUGAAAGAUUAAAGGAAGCCACGUGUGUGUGUGUGUAUCAUUUGUGGAGUUUGAUUCUCAAACUGUACAGGGGAACUAAUUAAUGCCGUUUUCUGCUCCCUGACCCCGUAAGCUAUGGCAUUUUUUUUGCGCAGUGAAGAAAACCCUAGAGUACGACAGUUUAAGGUCUUAUUGUUAUCAUUUUUUUGGGGUGAUAACUACUCCAGUCUUUAAAAUAAACAACACAUUUAAUGGGAGUAAAACAGAGACAGCUUACAUUUUGUUUUGAUAUUUAGAGGCAUGUGUAUAUUGAGUAAUCUUGUCUCCUCCGGCUCUUGGGAAAUGUUGAUGAGCAGCCAAAAUGGCUUCCUGGGCUUCCACUGUGCCACGUUGUCCGCGCUCGGGUGAGAAAAUUCUUUCUCUGGUUUCGUCAGUCACAGUUAACCUCUUUGCAACAUGUUCUUGCCAGUUUUGUUUUGAUGUGUACUCCAUCAGUUUAAGAGAGAGAACAUUGAGGACCAUAGCUCAGCUGGCAGAGGUUGUUUAUUUGCCUUCAUGAAAUAAUGUCAUUUUACAUUUUUGGCUCAGUACUUGAAAAACCAAUAAUUCCAGAUAGCUUUUACGCAGAGUAGUCUCACGCUGGCUUUUUUUUGCUUCACCUAACACUGGAAACUUUGUCAAAUUCCCCUGGACUGAUAAAGAAAUAAUUGUGUAGAUCUUUGUUUUUUAGCCAAAGGAAGAAAUGUUUGAGAUGUAACUUCUUCCCUCCCAAAACAACCCUUUUGUAAAUUUUGUGAUACUUUAACAACAGUAUCGUCACUUUCGACGAGUGCAGUGUUCUCAUCAAGUAUCCUGUUGCCUCGGCGUGACUGUGAAUGUUCUCCUGUUUGUGGCACUGAUCCAGGUAAUGGCAAUUCCAUGUAAAGGGGAAUUACUUUUAAAACUCAGAAAGAUCUUCCCAUGUUUUCUCCCUGAUGCCAAACUGAACCACUUCUUAAAGCGAAGGCUUCUAGUGUGUAAAAAAAAAGUCGAGGCUUGUAACCUCACAUUUUGUUAAUGUUAUGAAGUUAACGAACCCUGCUCCAGAGAUGUGUAACAACAAAAAGCAUUACAUCAAGUGGGGCAAGUUUUGGUGAGGUGCGUGUCACAAAAUGUGAUAUGGCAAAUAAAAGGACAGUUGGCAUUUGUAUUGCUGGGGUGGCCACAAGCAGGAUGGACUUCGAGCUCGAUCACGCUCAAUCACGUUCCCUUGAAUGUAUCCUCAUGCCUUGUAGUGCAAUAAUCAUUACCGAUGUCCGCGUGACGUUGACAGCCACUGUCGGCUGUGAGCCACCGCAGUCUGCACCUCUCAAAUCAUCCUCAGUAGUAAAUCAUAUCAGAUCAUUAUAGUUAAUAAUAUAAGAAAGCUGUUUUAUAUAAAGUGUAACAAUACUUAGAAAAAGCAUAACGUGUAAUUGUGUCUCGUGUCAUUUAGUCAGCUGUGAACAACAGCCCGCAGCUCUCAAAUCAUCUCUAGUAAAUCAUAUCAACAAAUGAGUACAAUUAAUAAAAAGAGCUGUUUCAUAUAAAGUGUAACAAUACUUAGAAAAAGCCUAGUGCGUAAUCGUGUACUGUGGGAUUUUGCUGUUGGGCUGUAUCUGAUCAUGAGGUGGUUCGAGGAAAUGAAAUUUGCGUCCUGUUGGACUGGCUGGGACCAGCGGUCGUGGACCCUUUGCCUUGCUCAGAAUACAAAUAAUUUUUUUUUUUUCAGCAUUGUUGUUUGGGUUUUGGUUUUAUUAAUGUAUACCUUUCUUCAAACUGAACUCACUCUGUGUAUUUUUUACAGCUAGUAUCCUUCAGUUCAGUGAAUAAAUUCAGUUGUUUUUUUUUCCUCGCGCAUUAUGAUGUACCGUAUCCAUACAAACUUUGAAGAAUAAAAGAUAAGUUCACAUACAUGUAUGGCAAUAUUUUUGUUUCCAAUACAAGUGUAAUACAAAUAUAAUACAUUCAGGCCAUUGCAUAUUUUUUACCAUUUCUAUGAUUAAUUCUUCCUAUAAUAUCAUCAUGAUGUGUACUUUGUGUAAAGUUGAUGUGCUUGCUGUUUGUGCCCCCAACUUUUCUAGUCUUUGUCGUCGUUUUCCACCAGGCUCUGUAUAUGGCUCUUGCUCUCCUCUCUCUCUUGUUCUUAUUGCUCAAAUGGUUUAGAUCCCUUUGGGGUGUGUCCCCCCCACCCUCAUUUAUCUAUGGCAGGGUUGCAAGCAACAUUGUAAGUGUAUUUUUUAAAAUUCAUGUCAUAACAUUCGGGAAGUGAUUUUGAAUGUUUCAAGGGUCCCCACUGAGUUUAUAGAAGGAUGCUGAUGCAGUGUAAGCUCGUUCAAAUCUUAUCGAAUCAGAGAUCUAUUAUUUUUUGGGAUGAAUAAAAAAAAAUCAGGAUUUCUGAAAUUGCCUGGAUUUUGCGCGACUUGUUGAUACAAGUUGUAGUAAACAAUAUCAUCUGUUAAUUUUUUCUCCCCACACUCAUGUUUUCACGGGGUCAAAAUAGUUCAAGGUUUUUUUUCAUAACCAGUUGGUACCUCUGGAGUAUAUAUAUAGUGGAAGAAACUCGAGUAGCAAUUAAAAGUUUCUAGAUUUCUGUUUUGUGGCUUUUUGGAUCUAUCAUUGUGAACUAGGACAAAAAGCAAGAUAAAAGCAACAGUGAGUACUGUUCAUCAACCUCUGGCACCUCUGUUUCAGUCACUAUGCAGAUAACUUUGUAACAUGCUUCUGAAUCUGUAAAUGUUUGCCUGCUGUGUGUAGAAGCUGCAGUUUGCUGAUGAGUAACUUAAGUUUUCCUGUAGUUACCUCCUAUUUAAGAUAUUGACUGUAGUCCAAGAUGGCGUCAGCCCACUUCCUCUACUCUCAGUCACAAUUGUAACAGAAAGUGUGUAUAACCCACUUCUUCCACGUACCACCAGAGUGUUUUCUGAGGACUUAGCUCAUUAGAUUCUGUGCUUAUAGUUUGAUUAAAUGAAGAAAAGUAUUUUUAAAAAGCAGCUGAAAUGAUCUCUUGCACGUAUGUACAGUAUUUAGGCAUUACAUUUUUUUUGUUUGCCUGUCGCUUUACUCUUAGGUGUAUAAAUGUUCAGAGGGAGAGCCUGACUGAACUGUUAGUUUUAUGUUCACACUAUAACGUACUACAAGUCUGAGGAGGGGACUGAUUUCAUUUUGGUCUAGAGCUCGCUUUUUGUAUUUACUUCAUGUUGGUGCCGUAUACAACAACCAUUAAAAAAAAGAUUUAAGAAGAUGGUGCUUUUUAUUUCUUUCCACUUAUUUCCUUGUGUUAUUCAUCUGUACAUCUGUAACUUGAGCGAGAAGCAGUUAAAAAAAAAUUAGAAAGCUAUGCAAGAGGUAGUGAAAGGACAAAAUAAAUAAUGCUAUCAUAGGAAAGGCUUACUUUCUUACUCAACUUUAAUCUGUUGGGUAGUUUUUGGGCUGAUUGAGAAAUAAUCAGUUGAGUUAACGUUAUGUUUAUUUAUGGAAGUGCCAAAUUGUACUGAUAUACCAUCAUGUUUAUUUCCGACACCCUAGAUUUGAUUUGUAUACUUCAGCAGCGGUCCUAUCAAGACAAUAGUUUGGCCUUGUUUUCUUUUUGUACCAAUAAAAUCAUGAGAUAAAUGUUUACCUUCCACUCCCGAUAUAGCUGCUCCUUUCCAUCAUAUCCCAUUAGAAUUGCUUUCUAUGCAAUAAAAGUUAUAGAUGGACUCGCUACGCUUAAUAUAGUUUACUGAAAUCAACAGACGUUAUUUGCUGUUCCUGGCUAGUGAUGAAGUUGAAGGUGACAAAUUAGAUGGCCAAUGCCAGACUCCAACAUAUCUGACUUUGAAUUUGUUUUGUGUUAUUAUUUUUAUUUGAGUAAAGUUACUUUGGUUUGCUCCCUAAGCAUCAUUAAACGUCACUGUCAUUGGAGAAGCAAAGUGAAUUUAAUUUUCUUGUUUUUGAAAGAAAAUCACAUGUUUUUCCUUGGUGCAGAUCCUCCAUUUUAAAGGAGGAGAUAAGUGUAAUUCAGUGGAAACUGAGCAGGCUAGGCUGUCUUCCUGCACAUUUCUCUUUGGUGCAGUGGUAGGAGACUGCAAAACUAACCAUGAUUGAGAUUUGUUGUUUUUGGUCUUUUGAGUGAGUGUCGCUCUACAGAAAACCCAUGAUCCAGCUUACUUAUAUUACGCGUGAACUGUAAAUACUCUCAUUCUAAUUCUUGUGUUUGUUGUCAGGACUUUUUGUUUUUGUGCAUGCGCCAGCUUUGUGUUGCAAGGCGGGGGAGGGGGGGGGGGGGAGGGGAGCUGAGACCAGACCUGCCAACCACUCCAGAAUAGGAAAAAAAAAUGGGAACUUUUUUUUCUUCUCAAAACCUUCCCUCAAAAUAUGAGUGUUUUGGAAGGACAAAUAAGAUCAGAAUCUCCAGUAGAUUCAGAUUACAUAACAAACCAGCCACGGCAAAUAACCGAGCAUUACUAAUAAACGCGAAAGAAAAUGUGUCAUGUCAUUUAUGGUAAGUUGGAAAAAUAGGGCAAAAAUAUGCCAACAAAAAUGUGUAUUUUCAUGUCAAAGUCACAUACGUCCAAGGGGAAUGGAACUCAAGAAAGAAAAAAAUCAGAUUAUAUGCAAAUCCUAUUGGGAUUCUUCAACAGGAGAAGAAAAAAAAUGGGAGAGCUCGUAUUUGAUCGGUGUAGUUGGCAGGUCUGUGAGACUAGUGUAGGCUGUGUUGUGGGAUGUGUUUAUUCCAAGUUCUGUACUCGUUUUUUUAAACAAAUAACUGAUCAUCACCUUCAAUGUAAUAAAUAUUUCACAUUAAAAAAUUA